CCCCCUCGCUUCAGUUUAUGGUAAGUCCGUGUCCACUCCUGCUCGACCGAAGGCGUCGUACGGCUUUAUUCCGCCGUGUGAACCAGGAUGCGGGGGGCUCCAUGAAGCUCCGGGCUGCCGAGCGUGGUUCUGUCACCGCCGGGAAAUUAAAGUUGUUUAUCACUCGUCUACGUCUCUCAUUAGCGGCAAACACGCAGCAGUCCGGUCCACAUGAGAGAGGCUCCUCCGCUGAAUUUCAGCCGUUUUUUUGAAGUUCCUUGACGGUUGAGAAGCAGUAGCAGCAGCAGCAGGGACCAAAACCAACAAGCCGCGGCCGCUUGACAGGUGCCGUCGCCCGGCUCUGCGUGGAGAGAUGCCGCCCGUCCAGAGAACGAUGUCAGAUCUUCGUAGCCGAUCGGAGGGAUAUGAAAAGACAGAGGACACAUCAGAAAAGACUUCCUUGGCUGACCAAGAAGAUGCCCGACUGAUAUACCUCAACCAGCCACAGUUCACAAAGUUUUGCAGCAAUCGAGUCAGCACAGCCAAAUAUAAUGUCCUCACCUUCCUUCCUCGAUUCCUCUACUCACAGUUCAGGAGGGCAGCCAACGCCUUCUUUCUCUUCAUUGCACUCUUGCAGCAAAUUCCUGAUGUGUCUCCCACUGGUCGGUGGACCACACUGGUGCCGCUGCUCUUCAUCCUGGUAGUGGCUGCUGUAAAGGAGAUCAUUGAGGACCUGAAACGUCACAACGCCGACAAUGUUGUCAACAAAAAGGAAUGUCAAGUACUGAGGAAUGGUGCCUGGGAGAUUGUGCACUGGGAGAAGGUGGCUGUUGGGGAAGUAGUCAGAGCUGCAAAUGGGGAUCACCUCCCGGCUGACCUCGUCAUACUGUCGUCCAGUGAACCCCAGGGUAUGUGCUACAUUGAAACAUCGAACUUGGAUGGAGAAACAAACCUUAAAAUCAGACAGGGUCUCCAGAUGACUGCGGACAUAAAGGAAAUCGACAGCCUGAUGCGUCUGUCUGGGCGGAUGGAGUGUGAAAGCCCCAACCGCCAUCUGUACGAGUUUGUUGGGAACAUCCGCCUGGAUGGACACAGCACGGUGCCACUGGGUCCAGACCAGAUCUUACUGAGAGGAGCCCAGCUUAGGAACACACAGUGGGUCCAUGGUGUGGUGGUCUACACAGGACAUGACACAAAGCUCAUGCAGAAUUCCACACGGCCUCCUCUGAAGCUGUCCAACGUGGAGCGUAUCACCAACUUUCAGAUCCUUGUGCUGUUUGGCUGCCUGCUGGCCAUCUCUCUGGUCUGCUCCAUUGGCCAAACCAUCUGGAAGUACCAGUACGGCAAUGAUGCCUGGUACAUGGAUCUCAACUAUGGCGGGGCGGCUAACUUUGGCCUCAACUUCCUCACCUUCAUUAUCCUGUUCAACAACCUGAUACCUAUCAGUCUCCUGGUCACACUAGAGGUUAUCAAGUUCAUCCAAGCCUUUUUCAUCAACUGGGACACUGAUAUGCUCUAUGAGCCCACAAACACACCUGCCAUGGCCCGCACCUCCAAUCUGAACGAAGAAUUAGGCCAGGUGAAAUACAUUUUCUCUGACAAGACCGGAACUCUGACCUGCAACGUAAUGCAGUUCAAGAAGUGCACCAUUGCCGGUGUGGCCUAUGGUCACGUCCCUGAGGCUGACGAGGGUAGUUUUGCAGAGGACGACUGGCACAGCACACACUCCUCAGACGAGGCAGGAUUUAAUGACCCGAGCUUACUGGAAAACCUCCAAAGCAAUCAUCCUACAGCUGCUGUUAUCCUGGAGUUCAUGACCAUGAUGGCCAUCUGUCACACUGCAGUCCCUGAGCGCAUGGAUGGAAAAAUCACCUACCAGGCUGCAUCUCCAGAUGAAGGAGCUCUGGUGAGAGCAGCACAAAACCUUGGCUUUGUGUUUUCUGGUCGAACUCCAGACAGCGUCAUUGUGGAAAUGCUCGGAACAGAGGAAAAGUAUGAGCUGCUUCAUGUGCUGGAGUUUACCAGCGCGAGGAAGAGGAUGUCAGUCAUCAUGCGCACCCCAUCUGGGAGGAUCCGCCUCUACUGCAAAGGAGCUGACACAGUGAUCUAUGACCGUCUGGCAGACAGCUCGAGGUACAAAGAGAUCACGUUGAAGCACCUGGAGCAGUUUGCCACUGAGGGGCUACGCACCCUGUGCUUUGCGGUGGCAGACAUCAGCGAGUCGUCCUAUCAGCAGUGGCAGGAGAUCCACCACAGAGCCUGCACCUCCCUGCAGAACAGAGCCCUGAAACUGGAGGAGAGCUACGAACUGAUAGAGAAGAACCUGCAGCUCCUGGGGGCCACGGCGAUAGAGGACAAGCUCCAAGAUAAGGUACCUGAGACCAUUGAGACUCUAAUGAAGGCUGACAUCAAGAUCUGGAUCCUGACUGGAGACAAACAAGAAACAGCCAUCAACAUUGGACAUUCCUGCAAACUACUGACCAAGAACAUGGGCAUGCUCGUGAUCAAUGAAGACACACUCGAUGGAACAAGGGAAACACUCAGCCACCACUGCGGAAUGCUGGGAGAUGCCCUCUACAAGGAAAACGACUUUGCUCUCAUUAUUGACGGAAAGACUCUUAAAUAUGCCCUUACGUUUGGAGUGCGUCAGUACUUCCUGGACCUUGCCCUAUCCUGUAAAGCUGUCAUAUGCUGCAGAGUAUCUCCUCUUCAGAAGUCAGAGGUGGUUGAGAUGGUGAAGAAGCAGGUGAAGGUGAUCACGCUGGCCAUCGGUGACGGUGCUAAUGACGUAGGAAUGAUCCAGACAGCUCAUGUCGGUGUGGGAAUCUCAGGCAACGAGGGUCUGCAGGCAGCAAACUCCUCUGACUACUCUAUCGCCCAGUUCAAAUACCUAAAGAAUCUGUUGCUUGUCCAUGGAGCCUGGAAUUACAACCGUGUAGCCAAGUGUAUCCUCUACUGCUUCUACAAGAACAUUGUUCUCUACAUCAUCGAGAUCUGGUUUGCAUUUGUCAAUGGCUUCUCUGGUCAGAUUCUCUUUGAGCGCUGGUGCAUUGGCCUCUACAAUGUGAUCUUCACUGCUUUGCCUCCUCUCACUCUCGGAAUAUUCGAGCGCUCCUGCAGGAAAGAAAAUAUGCUGAAGUACCCUGAACUCUACAAAACCUCCCAAAAUGCAAUGGGUUUUAAUACCAAGGUCUUCUGGGCCCAUUGUCUGAACGGCCUCUUCCACUCCGUCAUCCUCUUCUGGUUCCCCCUUAAAGCCUUCCAGCAUGAUACAGUUUUUGGCAAUGGAAGAACUCCAGACUAUCUCCUCUUAGGCAACAUGGUUUACACAUUUGUGGUCAUCACAGUUUGCCUUAAAGCUGGCCUUGAAACUUCAUCCUGGACCAUGUUCAGUCACAUCGCCAUCUGGGGAAGCAUCGGCCUGUGGGUGGUGUUUUUCAUUAUCUAUUCCUCCUUGUGGCCCCUCAUCCCUCUGGCACCCGACAUGUCAGGCGAGGCGGACAUGAUGUUCAGAUCAGGGGUCUUCUGGAUGGGCCUGUUCUUCAUCCCAGUCACCUCGCUGGUCUUUGACGUGGCCUACAAAGUCGUGAAGAAAGCGUGUUUCAAGACCCUGGUGGACGAGGUGCAGGAGCUUGAGGCUUUAUCCAAAGACCCUGGAGCCGUGGUGCAUGGGAAGAGUUUGACGGAGAGGGCACAGCUCCUGAAGAACGUCUUUAAGAAGAGCACCGUCAGUCUGUACCGGUCUGAGUCCAUGCAGCAGAACCUGCUCCCGGGGUCCUUUGAACUCGCCCGCAGGCCUCCAGGUACUGAGCGAGUCAUUUGACACCUGAAGAUGGCUACGCCUUCUCUCAAGACGAGAACGGAGUGGUGUCUCAGUCUGAGGUCAUCAGAGCGUAUGACACCACCAAACAGAGGACCAACGAGUGGUGAGCCGCCGGCCUUCUUGCUCUCGGCCGGCCAGUUGGGAGCCGCAGCGGCCAUUUCCGAUGGCGAUUUUUGAAGCUGAACGAGAGGGGAAGCGUCGGUGCGAGCCUCCAGGAGUGAGGGUUUUUUUUAGACAAGAAACGGACAGAAGAGAGUGACAUUGUGUAGUCUUUAAGAAAGGGAAAAAAAAUAACAAGGAACAACACAAAAAUGUGUUCACUAUCAGCUGUAGUUGUGUGUCCAGCAGACAUGAUGAGCACUGUGCUUUCUUAGCAGUAUGUGGUCUGAAGUUCUUCACUGUUCUUGCUCAGUUUGUCGGAGUGAACGUCUCCUUUCUAUUGAUUUAAGGAAUGACAGCUUAUAGCACUGAGCCAAAAUGCCUAAAAUCAUUAUAUUCAAUUAAAAUCAAACUCCUAAACACUGUUAUAAAAGUUGAAACACUGGACAAUGAAUAGUCUAUGAGGAUUUGAACUUGUGAAAGAUUGCCAAAGAGCAGUCGUGUAUACAAUCGUCCAAGUACUAGUGAUUCGGAACACUUUAAACCAAAAUGUAAUUAAACUCCUGUGUGUAUUCCAGCACUGAACUGACCACUUCAGAGCAGAUGUUUGUAAAUUUGAAUUUUCUUUUUGCACUUAAGGAAGCAUCUACUGUGUGAAGCCUUACAUUUGCUCAUGCCUUCGUCCUUCUUCGUUUUCUUUUAAAGUACAUUUAUUUUUAGCUAUUAUUUUUUAAGUAUGUAGAUAUCGUGCCUGGUUUUCUUUGUUUUUACCUUUUCAUUUCAUUUUUUUAACGCCUUGCCUCCUGCAACCCAUGGUAGUCCUGUUUCCACCGUUUUAACAGCAGAAGUAUUGCAUUCCACACAUCACUCCUGUUUCAACAAUCACAACGGUGCCUACAUGAAACUUUUCCCUCUUAGAAGAAAAACACAGCCAAGAGUAGUUUAGCCGGCUAGCUUAGACCAGUGCUCCACACACACACACCUGCUGAGGACAAAAACACUGUCUCCCCACCACAGUAUUGCACUCCUACAAUGUGAAAGCUACAGAUGUUAGAACUUGUUCCUGCAGAGGUGAACAGGAGGCUCUGUGACGGUCUUGUUGAAGCUUACAGUGGUGGUCGUGUUUCCCUUAAAAUGGAGAUUUUAUCCUUCUAACAUAAGUGCCAUUAGCUUAAGGGACAGAGAAAAAUAUUAGCCAGGAAACUCCACGACAGUAUCAAAACUGUAUCAAAACUACUUUGUCUCUAUAGUUAUUUUGUGGAUUUGUAUUUUUAUAUUGGAGAUGUAUGAAUUUUGCAUUGACUGGCUUUGUAAUGAAUCGUCUGUAACUUUUAGUUUUUUCUUCCUCUGAUAAACUGGCAGGAUAGAAUAGAUCUAAUGAGGAAACGGAGCUUUCUUAAAUGUCUUCUUCUUAUUAAUAUUAAUAUUGUUACGGCUUGAUUUAUUUAUAAUUGACUACUUAAUGUCCGUGUGAUUGCUUUCUUCUCCCUAUGGGAGAUCAGAUUUCUGAUGGUGCGAGUGUGUGUCGGUUUAUUGCCUGCAUGUGCAUGUGCUGUAUGUAUACGAGUGUGUGUGUGUGUGUGUGUGCGUGUGUGUGUGAGGAUGUGUGUGUCACCUCUACUGUGGAUUACUUCUGUGUAUGCAUUGCAUGUCUGUGUCCUCUAUGCGAGACUGGGAGUUUCUGGCGCCUCGGUCCUCCUGGUGUGUUUCUUUUAUCGUAUAUGGGUGUGUAUGGGUGUGUGCGUAGUGACGCUUGCUCCAGUUGUCCGUCUGCACGACUCCAGGUAUAGCUAUGGUGUACUGCUGUGUGCCGAUGCAUGGCCCGUAUGGGAAAGUGAGACUGUCGGUGUGCGGUAUGACUGUGUGUGUUUGUGGUCAAACUCUCAGCCUCGACUGUGGGAGUUUCCGAUGCUCAGCUCGCUUCGACAGGAGAUGUUGCACAAUGCACUCAAUGUACCUUUCCAGUUGUGGAUAUCUGGUAUUAUCUGGUUUCGGUAUAUGAUUUCUCUUGAGUGUACAUGUUUGUAACUUGUUUUCUUCAUGCAGUGUACCUCUGCUUUACAGGAAAGCUCUUUUGUGUUUUGGGUUUAUGAUUAUUUUUCUCUGCUGGUCGUUUAGCGUGAAAACUUAAUCGGUCGUCAUCUUGUCAGAAAUUUCCAACCAGCUGAAUGUGGUUGUCGUCAUUGUGGAAGGCUUGGACUGUUGCUUUCUUUUUCCAGAAAACAUAAAACACACAUUGUUGUCUGUGAAGGUUGUGGGCUGCAUGAAUGGAAAACACAAACCGUUCUCUGAAGUGUUAACUGUACUACUUUGAUUCUCCCUCGAGUGUUGAUCACUUUACAAAAGAGGAAAAAAAUGCACCUUUAACUUUUGUUUUCGAUAUUUGUUUCUUUUCUGUCAUUUUGUUCAAUGAUUGUUCUGCAUGUUGGGACUGCAAACUUAUAAGUGUUGUCUUUUACUGCCAUGAAGGACUACUGAAAUAAACUUUACAAUCAUGGAGGAACAAUGUGA